AAAUAUGGCGAAGGGUGAAAGGUGUAGAAACGAAGAGGAAUCUCCGGAUUUUGAUCAGUACACUAAGGACGCCCUUGAUGUGCUGUUUAGCAAGCAACAGCAAACAUACGAGGAAUUCUUGCAGGGAUUUACCUUCCUGAAAAAAGGUUAGAGACGUUUUGCUCUGAAGUAUUAUGCGCGCUUCAGCUUCAUACACUAUUAAAAGCUUAUUACCGCCUUGACGACCACCGUAAUUUAGAUCUAUUGAUUAAGAGAUGGGACAAGGUUUGUGACAAUCCACCUUAAUUAAAUAGUAACGCUGUUAUAUUUUGUGUACGCUGAUUGUUUUGUUUCUUGUACAGCCUGCGUUCACAAAAAAAAUUUACAAACAAAAGACCUUUGUGAUGUUAAUUGUGAUAAUCACAAUCAUUGAUCAUGAAUUACGACACAAUCGGAUAGAAAAGCGCUAUUUAUAGGGGGGAUAAAAGCAAGGGGGUAGCUCUCCCUUUCCUUCUGCAGCUGCUUGCCUGGAACAAGCUAAAGCCAGGGAAGAUCACCCUGAAGUGCUAAUGUGCAUUUUGGACGGGGAGAGGUGGGGGAGGGGAUGGGAGCACCACUUGCUCAGCGCAUCACAUGUGCUCCCACAGCCACCUCCAUAAUGACCCUUAAUGGAACCUGAUUCAUUCAGUAAACCCUAAUCACUAAACGUCAGAGUCAUGUGUUGGCGUUUGGUGUGGGGCUUCUGGAUAAUAUGUGGGUUUUAGGCAAACCUACCUGUUAGCAUGAAAUUUGAAAAUCAAUGUUAGGGUAAGGGUAAGAGUAAAUGCAUAAAUUCCCUGAGAUUGACUCAAUUGUAAUCCAGAGAAAUUUUAAAUCUUGCGUGUUAAAGUAUACUGUAUAUUUUUUUUUAAUAAUUUGAUGCAUAUUUUUAAUCUCUAUAGAGGAUGUAACAGGAUACAAAGCAAAAAGUUCUCAGAUUAUUGGUCAACAAGACAAAAAGACAGGGGAUACUAUUGUAAAAAGCCUGUCAUCAUCAGAGUCUUCUAGUGUGACAGAAAAUGACACCAUUCCAGAAGAAGUAAGUUUUUAAGACCAAUUUAUAGGAGUCACCAUGGUGAAUGUUAUAUGAAAUUAAACACUUGCAAGACACUUAGACCCUAAUCUUUGACAUUGACUUGGAAAAUUUUUUUUCAUUAAUUAUUGUUUUAUUUAAAUCACACUGUUAAAGUUACAAAGAGGUACAUAAUUACAUAAUAAGGAAUUGAAAAAAAAAAUUGAAAGAACAAAAAAAAGGGAGGAGACGAAAUGCAACUUACAAUUGACAUUGACGAUAUAACUACAUAGAAUUAAUCAAUCACAAUUUUUCUAAUUGGACUUGGAAGAUUUUUGUGUUUUGGAGUUUUCACUUAUUGGAGGUGUGAGUCACGUGGGAAGGGUCAUCGCACAUGGAGGUUCAACUGUACCUGUAGUAAGCAACAAACAAUCUCAACUUUGAAUGGAGGGAAUGGGGGUAGAGGCAAUCAAUGCUAAAUCACUGGGAUGGAGAUCAGUUUUGUAAUAACACAUGAUCUGACAGUUGCCAUUCAAUGGUGCUUAAAUAUCGUAGAUACUAGGACCUGGUUCAGCAACUCCUUCCAUCUUGAUGAGAUCAGCUGAUUCAUCAGGCAAAUCAUUUGUUCAGGUAAGAUUAUUUCACACCCCAAUACCAUGGAGAAAAUUUUUUUUCUCCGGUGAAAAUGAAUUUUCAGGCUCAGAAAAAAUUGUAUAUUUCUGCAUCAAUAGGACAACUGACAUGUGUUGACCCUUAGCUUAAUUUUAAAAAUGCACUUUAUUUGCAAUGAUUGUCAAUAAUUUAUUUAGCACUUAAGUGCACUGGAGAUGGGACCACAAUUAUUUUAAGUGGUCUUCUGAGCUAUGCAAAGUUCUAUCCCUUAUAAUAAUUACCAGUAAUAUGAACAUCAAUAGUUAUUAUUACUAUCAAACUUUCCCUGGCUUAUAUAUUUUUCUCAUGGACAGAUCAUACAAGGUGUACGUAUCAAAUCAUUUAUAAGUGAUGGUGCUUGUAACCAUAUAUAAUAGUCUGUUAUUUUAAAUAAAUGCAUUGAAUUACAAUCAUUUCAUUUGUAAGUAUUACUUUACUCAUUCAUGUUGAGCCACACAUUUCACUUUUCAGGUAGAUAACUUUAUUGACUGCAAAGAUGAUGCAAGUGAUGAUGAGGAAGAGGAUUCAAAGAUGCAUGACCAUGGUCUUUUAGAAGAUGAAUUAUUUUAUUCAUCUAGUUAUUCUCCUUCAUUAUCAUCAUUAUGCCCAGCUAGCACGUCAAAAAGUGAAAUAACAACAGAUCAAACCAGACAUCAGAAGAAAAAGUUAACAGCUGAUCUAGAUGAUGAAAGCCUUGAAUCCAAAAACAUCUUUUAUCUGUCUGGUAAUUAUUAAGCUAUUAUUAAUUAUUUAAAAUAUCUAUUUAAAUGUUGGUCAAUGGCUAGAUUGUAAAACUCUUAUCUCAUUUAGCGGACUUACAUGGGUCGUAUAAAUGAUAUAAUACUAAGGGGACAUGAAAUUUCUCGGUCGUGCAGAUUGAGCCUUCAUUAUGAUUGGCUUUUUUGGUUUCAUCUCAGGAAUUUCAAUGUCCCUUUCUGUGGUUAUAUCAGUUAUUUUAUUUUGAACCUUAAAUUACAUUGCUUUAAGUUUGUAAACUAAUAAUAUUAAUAUGUGAAACCCAAAGCAGUCUUUUAAGGAAUCCUUACAAGUGUAGUUCUCGCUCUAAAAAGACCCCAAAUUUCUAUGAAAACAACGUUCUUACUAUUUUAUUGGUUAUCGGCACACUGCACAAGCUCAAAGACUUAGCCAAACUUUCAUUUUAAUACUAUUUUAUACUAGUCAAGAAUAAGGUUAAAAGCUUCCCAUCACUCCGUUGUUGCAUUAUGUUGUGUAUUUUGUUUUGGUAGAGGGUGUAUCAAACCUUCCAGGGGAGGUUGAGGACCAGGAAACAGCUGAUGAAGAAGGUAAAUUGGAGUUGUGACAUGAAAUUACGUUAUUUUUAAGGUGUGCAAAAGGAUUAAUAUUUAUUACCAGGGCUUCUUAACUUAUCAUAAGAUCUUUUAAAUACCUAUAAUAAUUUGUAGUUGGCAUAUAAAUUAUGUGUGUGGGUACGUGGAGUCUUUUGUGUGCAUAGGCAAUCUGACAGGGCCCAGUUGUUUGAAGGCUGAUUAGCCCUUAACCCGGGGUUAAAUUUAACCCGGGUUUCAUUUUCUGGUGUUCUAAAGCAUUUUCUCAGAUAAUUUUCUCUGUUAUUUUUAGAGCUUCCAAUCGUCAACUUGUACACAAAAAGAAUUAAAACUGAAAUGCUUUUGAAGCUUUCAAAUCUGAAUUCAAAUCUCGCACUAACCCUAGGUUAUCUUAACCCAGCUUUGAACAACUCGGCCCAGGUGUUUAAGCGUCUAGCCUAAGACAAAGAAUAAUAUGGGGAAGAGGAGUACCUGUGUGAUGACUUCAGUAUGAACACUUCUGAUUAAACUUACAUGACAGAUUGUAUUUUGACAUGACUAUAAUCUUCCAAAUAGAGAGAAGUGUGAUGCAACGUUACCAUGGUAGCAAAAUUUCUGGAUCAUAACAAUAGGGAAUUUUUGCAAUGAUAAACAGCAAAAAAACAAUAGGUUUAGAUUGGCAAAAAAAAACAACUUCGCACAUACGUCAUGUUUUUAAUUUGUACAUUUCUUAGCUGAAUUUGACCCAGAAAAUUUUGCCAACAUUUGACAAAGUAAAUAAAAUUAAAUAAGAUCGAUGAAGUUUGAAACAGUGCGAAUCCACUUUUCAGGGUCGGCCAGGGUUUUUGGGUAUAUGGGAUACAGGGGCUUUUUAAAUCGGGUAUACGGUAUAUUGCAGCUUAAACACGGGUAUUCGGUAUAUCACUUUCUUUGAAUUUCAGGUAUAAAGUAUACCUGGGUAUAAUUUUGGGUUUAUUUGGAUGAAUUUUGGGUAUUUUGGGGUAUUUUGGCGAAUUUUUUUCGGGUAUACUGGUAUAUGACUACCCCCCCCCCCAACUUUUUAAGUGACAUUUUGGUUUGUGUCAUUUAGAAAUUUUGCUACCAUGACAACGUGACAUCACGACUUCCUCUCUAUUGGGUAGUGGUAAAGUGGGUGUCUUGUUUUACAUACAUGUACCUUAUCAAACCCAAUCAACAGUUGUGUGUGUUGGUCCUUCUAUAUCCUGUUAUAGAUAUUUCCAUUUCUAUUCAGAUAGUGGAUUAAAGGAAUCUAUGGAGCCAAACAUAAGACAACUGCAGAUCUCCACAAGACUAAAGGGGGACAAUCUGAUAAGUGAACACAUCCUCAAUGUGGUAUGUGCCGCACUCUAUUUCCUUCUCAGUCUGCCCAUGUAAGCCCUUGUAUGGCACUGUUAUCACUCAUGAGAAAAUUAAUAGAACUGUACAGUACCGCAAAUGAUCCCCAACCGCAAAUGAUCCCAAGACCGCAAAUGAUCCCCUGUACUGAGUACUUUUUACCCUUUUAGUAGACUGCAAGUAGUUGUCCUUUUCUCAGAGCCAAUGCAGCAAAUUGUGCAAGUUAAUGGUAAAAAGGAGGAGAGAUUGGGGCAGAGAGAGGAAAAAGGACUUCUUUGCUUUCUUCUCUCAGGCUCCACCCUCAUUUCUUCACCCCUCCUGAGUGUUCACAUUCUACCAUGUCUCAAAAAAAAAAAUUAAGAGACUGCUUGCAGUCUAUUUAGUAACAUAGUCUAUUGAUUUGGGUGUUUGGGAAGGGGUGGGGCUCUCUCUUUGUGGGUUGAAAUAAUAUUCACUUAAUCCACUGCUUUGCUUGAUAUUGCACUUGUUUCGAGUCUAAGUUUUAACCUGAUGCAAUGGGGGUCCAAGCAUUAUUUUGCUGCCACUGUAGUUCUCUGAGCCAAAAGAGAGAAAAAUGCUUUGAUGUUUGAUUUCCUAAAAUCCCCCACUCUAAUUAUGCUUUCUUCGUCUUAACACCACAGGGAAGUGAAGGUACAGAUGAAGUGCAACCAUUUACACUCGAUACAGAAUUUGAUUAUGAUAAUGUUGCCUUGACACCCAAGUUCAGAAUGGUACCUGGCAAGCAAUUCAUGACCAUCAAUCACAGAGACUGAAAGAAGGCAUUGGAUGGAAGUACUUCCCAAAAAAGGGGUCAUUCGUAUUUUAUUAACCUGUUCACUGCAAGAAAAAGCAAACUUAGAAAUGAAGAAAAAAAUAACUUAUUUCCCUUUGUAAAUAUACUUGAAGAAAUACUGCAGAAGAGGUUUCAUUUCAAUGACCUCACCCACAGAAAGGAGAGUGUCCAUAUUGUAGAGGUGUCUGCUUUAUAGAGUCAAACAUUAUGCCUGAACAACAUCAUGGAUUAACUCUGGAUGUCUGCCUACAGAGUUGUCUCUUGUAAUAAUUUUACCACCUUCAAGAGUGAAAGCGUUAAGGAAAUUAGCCAUGUGGAAUUCCUGUUUGGGUG